AACACAUUUAAGACGUCGCCAUUUUCAAAAUAAGCGAUCUUUAUUGCCUGCCGAAAUGUUGUCCGUCGACGGAGUUUAAAUAAAGAGCCGGAUUGUUUGAAUAACAGCGAAGGUAAAGAGGAAGUCGAUUCAAUUUAAUUGUUUGUAGAAAGGACGGCUUCAAGAUAACUGAUUUGUUACACAUUUUUCUUUUUCUUUUUUUUAGCUAGAGGUAGAGUGUUAUGGAGCUGAUCCUUGGGGAAUAGUGCCAUAGUCAGUUUGAUAUCUGUUUAGCUAAGCAGAAGGCGUGUUAGCUAGCUGGCAAAUUUGGUAAGACAUGCUGGAAAGUGGUGUGGGGUCAUUCCAGUGUCCAUGUUGCUGCCGCACAUCAACACCAUAGUGCAUCUUCAUUUACCCUUGCUGGUUAGAUAAUCCUUCUGUCCUAACGUUUUCCUCCCAUUAUGAAAGUUACACUAACAUUGAACAGAACCCGCUGUGAGUUAAAUUGCACUCUUUCAUCUACGGCGUUAUGAUUCUGAACCAACCAGACAGCUAGCUGUGACUCCCAGUCCAAUAAAACCCUUCUCUGAACAAAUUGAAUUGCUGUUGCUGUAGCAAACCUCCAUUUCAUUUCUGUAUAUUGAGCAUCCGACUUUUACCUGCUCAGGUGCAAUGGAGCUCCCAAACUACAGCAGGCAACUCAUGCAGCAGUUACAGGCCUUGCGAAAAGAAUGCCAGUUUUGUGACUGCACCAUUUUGGUGGGCGGUGCACCUCACCUGGCCCACAAAGUAGUUCUGGCUGCUUCUAGUCUGUUGUUCAAGUCUCUUCUUGAAAACUCGGACAGCAUCUCAAUCGAUACGGCUGUGGUCACCUCCGAGGAGUUUUCUUCUUUGUUGGACAUGGUCUACACAGGCAGACUGCCACCGGGCAAGCACAACUUAACCCGGGUCAUCGCUGCAGCGGACAGCUUGCAGAUGUUUGAUGUGGCUGUCGGCUGCAAGAACAUUCUCAAUGCCCUGAUGAAACAGGCCCAUGACAAGUUGCUUGAGUCUCCUGAUUUGGCCCAUGCAGCUGAAGCGACUCAGCCUGCAGUGGAAGAUCACACAGAUCUCCCUCAGACUUUGCCUAAGAGUGAAGAACUUGCACAGCUCGGCCAUUCUGAGAGCCAAGGAGAGAGAGAGGGCGGUGUAGAGCUGCUUUCUGAAAAACGAGAUGAACUUGUACAGACACUGCAGGAUGUCCAGCCAUGGGUUAAAACCCUUCGCACCUGGAACACACUCCCCACCAAGCAACAACGGAUAAUACUGGAAUGUUUUGAUGGAGACCCACCCAUUGAUGUGGUCUUCCAGCACUUGUUGGAACACGUGAGAGAUAAAUGCGACAUCUCUGCCCAGAAUAUCCUUGUGUUGCUGGAUUUGUGGAAGACCUUAAAACCUGCUCCGGAGUUGGUGCAUGUGGACCAGAGAGGUCAGAGUGGGCCACAGCUGAAUGAGGGAUCUGGAGCUGAGAUGACCCGGUCUUCUGGAACUCUAGACGAGCACUCUUUAAAGCUGACCGACUGCCUCUCCCGUGCUGAUAACAUUUCCGAGUUGCUAACACAAGCAGCAGACAAAUGCACGGACAAAACUCUAAAGGAGGCAGUGGAGGAGAAAACAACUGACCAGGCGGAGGAGACCAGGGAUACCGCUGGGAAAAGGACAGAAGACUGCUGUGGUGUGUGUCUGUUUAGAAUGUACCGGAACACACUCUUCGAACUAAAUCUGCACCCUCAGGUCAUCAGACAGAGUCUGGAGGAAGGCCCUGCCAUCCCGACUGACCAGAGACAGAGCUUUCAGGUCCUGCUGGAGGAGGGUGGAGAUGCCAGGGGUGUGGAGAGGGUACUGGAGGCUGCUCUGGAAGGAGCUCCAGUCCUGACUCUGACUCUAUGGAGACUCCUUCUCUGGGCAGGAACUCGGAACCCAGGACUGGGGCACUUCUUACAGGAGCUCAAGGAGAAACCAGAGUCCCAGAAACUCUUUCAGACUGUGGCUCAGGUGGAUUUUUUGUUUAAGCACAAAAAGCUGAUUAUGGAAACAAUCAGUGAUGUCACUGACCUGGAAAGAACUGCAGGCAGUUUGAACCAUGGUAAAGAUAAUAUCACUGAGUUCCUGCAGAGCUGUCGUGGGCAUGACGGAGUGGUGGAGUCCACGCAGCAGUCCUUGGACAGGGUGAUGAGCCGUGAGCCGCAGUACGCCUUGACCCUCUGCCGCCUCCUGGUGGCCAGUGUGCAGAGCUUCCCCCAGCUCACGGCCCUCAGCAUGGAGCUCAGGAACGCUAAUGAGCGACCCCCUCAGUGGGUAGAGCCCCACGCACCUGCUCAGGUGGCUGGCUGCUUGUCGUCAUCCGAGGAGGAGGAGGAGCAGGAGGAGCAGGAGGAGGAGGAGGGGGAGGAGCAGGAGGAGGGCGCCAAAGGCGCCAAAGAAGAGGUGGAGUCCCAAACCCACGUGAGCCGGAGGAGGAAGGUGAUGGUGGUCUCGUAUAGCUGCCAGUGGUGCGGCAAGGCGUUCGACUUCAAGUGUCGUCUUAUUCGCCACCGGAAGCGCUGCACACUCUCGCCAGGCAGGGAGCUCCGCUGCUCACUGUGCCUGCUCAUCCUGCCCUCAGCCAGCGCCCUGCGUGAGCACCGUGUCCAAGCCCAUGCCGACCCCCCCGCCAAGAAAAAGAGGACGCAGCCCGUGAUCUGUGACCUCUGCGGCAAGGCCUUCAAGCAGGCUUCUGGCCUGUUGUACCACAGGCGCACCGAGCACCUGGAGGAGAGGCCAUUUGCGUGUGUCGAGUGCGGUGCAACGUUCGCUGCCAGCUCGUCGCUGAAGAACCAUGCGCGCCUGCACACGGGUGAGAAGCCCUACCACUGCAAGCACUGCGACAUGAGCUUCGCCGUGGCUGCUGCACUUUCUUACCACACCAAGAAGAAGCACGCAGAGGGUAAGAUGUACUCGUGCCAGUACUGCUCGUCCACCUUUGCCCAGUCCAUCGAGCUGACACGGCACGUGCGCACGCACACAGGCGACAAACCCUACGUGUGCAGGGAGUGUGGCAAGGGCUUCAAGCAGGCCAACGGGCUUUCUGUGCACCUGCACUCUUUCCACAACGUUGCAGAGCCCCACGACUGUCAAAAGUGCCGGGUGAGUUUUGGCUCUCUGGAUGAGCUCCGGGAGCACAUUCAGGAGGUGCACCCCAAAGAGCUGCAUCAGUGCCCCGAGUGCAGCAAGAUCCUCAGCACCGCAGCCCAGCUGGAGAAGCACAUGAGCGUGCAUGAUGGCAGUAAACCAUACAGCUGCAAGAGCUGCCAGAAAUCCUACCAGACUCUCUCAGGGCUGUGGUACCACAAUCGCACCACACAUCCAGAUGUGGUCACCGCGGAAGGCAGUAGGCCGGUCUCACACCUGCUGCAUUGCAAGAUCUGCAACAAAGCCUUCUGCAACAGGAGCAGCCUUUUCAAACAUCACAUAACCAAGCACCCAGAAACCCGCUCUGUUGCUGAUGGGUCAGAUGAGAAGACGACACAGGGAGGCGCCCUGCUGUGGAGGUGUGCAUACUGUCAGCGUGCUCUGAGCAGUGAGCAAGAGUUGGAGCAGCAUGUGUCCAGCGAGCAUAUGAGUCAGCAGGGAUCAGCAUUUGGCUGCGUUGUCUGCUCUCUGUCUUUCCCCUCUGAGCCUGAGUUCCAGCACCACUUCCUCACAACCCACCUGCAGGUCAUCCAAGAGGAGGAGCCUCAGCUACAUAACUCCACCUCCCAAAUGGUGAUCCAAACAGAAGAUACCUUGGCUGAAGGGGCGGAGCAGAUAGUUGGGCUGGACCACUCACAGUUGACUGGCUCCCAGCAGGUGUUUGUUGCUUUGGGUGAUGGUGGGGUUGGAACAGCUAGCUCAGGGAUCGUAGCCGUCAAUAUGGAGGACUUACUGACAGGCAGAAUCGCUUUAAUCUGUGAGGAAAAUCCAUAAGUCAGAUUCCAUAACUGAUGUUGCAUAUCUCUCUAAAGAGCUGAAAUCAGACUGACACAGAACCUAUCGUUAUUUUUCAGUUUUGAUUGGAACCUGUGUCAUCACAUUUAGCGCUUAUCAAAUGCACAUGCACACAAAGGAAAAACAAUGGUCACACUGAGCAAAUUUAUAGAAAUCAUUAAACAACUUGGCAGAAGCAUUUCAGUACCAAAACAUCUCACCCUUGUAAAAUGAAUUAACGUUUUUUUUUUUUUAGUAAUAGGCUGUAUUUGUGCUCCCAGUUUUAUUGCGCAAUUUUAUUUUUUUUUUAAAUAAAAUGUCUAUUACAUUAUGUAAAAUUGUUGAGCAGAUUUUUGCAGAAACAAACCAGACUAAGGAGCUUUAUUAAACCAAAUCCAUACAAAAGAUACAAUAUAAAAUGAAUAUGAAAAUACAUCAUUUAAGGUGAGGUGGGAAAAUAUGGUGAGGAAGGAUCACAAAAAUAAAACCAGAAAUUCAAACGGUGUGCAUAUUACUCGAGUUUUACCUCAGUGAAGAUAGUCAGAUGCUUGCCUUCACAUGCUUUAGCAGAAGUGUCAGAGAGCUAGACGUUUCAUCUCAAAGGUUUUAAAUUUUGAGCUAGGCAGACUAAUGACAGUCCAAUCGUACUUUUUUUUUUUUUUUCCAGCAAAUUCUCCAUUGCAUUGAACAGUGUGUCGAGAAAGCUAGUUUGUCAGUGGAAAGUAUGCCUUAAGUUGAGGUUCAACAGUGCAGUUUUCAUGCUUAAGAGGGAAAAUGUUAAACAUUUUCUCAUGGGGAAUAUUUUUGACAAACACUCACUCACUCAAAGUCCAAAGAGCUAUUCCAAGCUGCAGUACAAAACCUUUUUGGUACCUGACCCACAUAGCUAUAUUGUGAACUAUUCAGCAGAGGUUUUUUAGUGCAGGAGCUGUAUAAAGAAAGGCCUUUCAGAGUACUCAUUCCACCAUCUUGAUGAAAUAGUAAUAUAUUUUAAAAAGGCCAGACUUAAAUUCUUACUCAACUAGGAAAUCAGAUUUUUAAAAAUCAAGAUUACUUUAAACAUAUUUCAAACAUUUAUUUAU